CCCCUCUCGCACAUGCUCCCCCUCACUCACAUGCUCCCCCUCACUCACAUGCUCCCCCUCACUCACAUGCUCCCCCUCACUCACAUGCUCCCCCUCACUCACAUGCUCCCCCUCUCGCACAUGCUCCCCCUCACUCACAUGCUCCCCCUCUCGCACAUGCUCCCCCGCACUCACACGCUCCCCCUCACUCACAUGCUCCCCCUCUCGCACAUCCUCCCCCUCUCGCACAUGCUCCCCCUCACUCACAUGCUCCCCCUCUCGCACAUGCUCCCCCUCACUCACAUGCUCCCCCUCUCGCACAUGCUCCCCCUCACUCACAUGCUCCCCCUCUCGCACAUGCUCCCCCUCACUCACAUGCUUUUGACUGCUUUCAAUCGCUUCCUUUGACCUGCUUUCGCACCUCAUCAUUCCAUCCACGCUGCAUGCAUCCUCUUCUAAUAACGAACCACUUGCAGCAGCCUUGCCCACACGGUGCGGACCUCCCUAUUCAGGUACCCCCCACCCCCCCAAAAAGCUAAAGCCUUCCCCUACACUCUUAAGACUUACUAUUAAAUAACCCCCUACUUGAAACAUAUUACCCCCUUUGGUCUGCACCAUGCGCCAAGGGCUGCUCCAGUGGUCCCUCUCCAUUGCUCCAGUGGUCCCCCUCUGCUGCUAUCACCCACCACCCCAACCCUGCAUAUCUCCCAUGCUUCUAUCCCUAGCUUCUGACUAACUUCCUUACACUUUUCCACUUGCAGGUCGAGGGGAGGGGUGCGGAGUCAACACCACCACUCUCCCCGCCCCUCCCCUGUGGCUGUGCAGGUACUUGCACACGGGAAGCUGGGAGGAGUGCCGCCAUGAGGGAGAGUACUCUGGAUGGGGUUGGCGGCCUUCCAAUGUCACUUGGCAUCUUCUGAAGAUUGCAGCAGAGGAAGCUGAGCAGCUGACACCAGCAGCAGCAGCAGCAGUUGGGCUGGGCGGUUAGAGGGCAGGCUAGGACUAGGUGUGAGAGAGAGGGAGGUACGGUUUUAGGGUUUAGGGUUUACCUUCCCACCAGCUGUAUUUGCCUAUGCCUGCUCCACCUGCCUAGCUUGUACCCAGGAUUCCCCAGCAACAAAGGACCAUUCGAGGGAGGUAUGGUAAGAGGUGAGGUAUGGUCGUCUCACCUCUCUGUGUCGGCCCUUCCUUCCGGCAGCAUGUGGAUUAAAAGCCUUGGAGCAAGGGAAGGGCAGGAGAAUCGAGCAAGGGCAGGAGAAUGGAGACCACUCUCUCACUCACCUCCUCUCCUCUCUUUUUUUCCCCCAGAAGCAUCACGCUGUGAGAGGAGUGCAGUCCCCCCCCUCACCCCCCUCACCUCUCCUUAGCAGGUUGCUGCAUCAUGGUGCUCCAUUCGGCUAUGUGGAAAGUGUGUGGCACGGCAGUCGUUCCUCAAGUUCCAACACUGGCGUAUCGUAUAAUGGAACCGGCCAGAGCCGUGCGCGCCGGCUCUGGUUGGGAGUCCCCUCCUACGACGCUUUCGUACACGGGAUUUGAGUCUUGGGCCGCCCGUGCACUUUCCACUGCCACUCCUCGCCCUCAAGGCAGAGCCAUGGGGGGUGCUGUUUCCCAAGGGGAAGGCGGGCGUCUGCAAACACCAAGGUAAGUUGAGGAGAGUGAGAGGAAGUAGGGGCUGAACCCCCUAGGUAAGUUGGAGUAACCGGCGACGGAUGUGGGCUGCAACCACCAGGGUAAGGUGAGUAAGAGGGAAAUAUGGAAGGGGCCUGAAUGCCCCUGAGUCAGGUGAGUGAGAGGGAGUAAGCAGGGGGCCUGAAACCCCCUGAGUCAGGUGGGUGAGAGGGAGAAAGCAGGGGGCUUGAAACCCCCUGAGUCAGGUGGGUGAGAGGGAGUAAGCAGGGGGCCUGAAACCCCCUGAGUCAGGUGAGUGAGAGGGAGAAAGCAGGGGGCCUGAAACCCCCUCAGUCAGUUGAGUGAGAGGGAGUAAGCAGGGGGCUUGAAACCCCCUGAGUCAGGUGAGUGAGAGGGAGAAAGCAGGGGGCCUGAAUCAGGUGGGUGAGAGGGAGUAAGCAGGGGGCCUGAAACCCCCUGAGUCAGGUGAGUGAGAGGGAGUAAGCAGGGGGCCUGAAUCAGGUGGGUGAGAGGGAGUAAGCAGGGGGCCUGAAACCCCCUGAGUCAGGUGAGUGAGAGGGAGAAAGCAGGGGGCCUGAAACCCCCUGAGUCAGGUGAGUGAGAGGGAGAAAGCAGGGGGCCUGAAACCCCCUGAGUCAGGUGAGUGAGAGGGAGAAAGCAGGGGGCCUGAAUCAGGUGGGUGAGAGGGAGUAAGCAGGGGGCCUGAAACCCCCUGAGUCAGGUGAGUGAGAGGGAGUAAGCAGGGGGCCUGCAACCCCCUGAGUCAGGUGAGUGAGAGGGAGUAAGCAGGGGGCUUGAAACCCCCUGAGUCAGGUGAGUGAGAGGGAGUAAGCAGGGGGCUUGAAACCCCCUGAAUCAGGAGGGUGAGAGGGAGAAAGCAGGGGGCCUGAAACCCCCUCAGUCAGGUGAGUGAGAGGGAGUAAGCAGGGGGCCUGAAACCCCCUGAGUCAGGUGGGUGAGAGGGAGUAAGCAGGGGGCCUGAAACCCCUUGAGUCAGGUGAGUGAGAGGGAAAAAGCAGGGGGCCUGAAACCCCCUGAGUCAGGUGGGUGAGAGGGAGUAUGCAGGGGGCCUGAAACCCCCUGAAUCAGGUGGGUGAGAGGGAGUAAGCAGGGGGCCUGAAACCCCCUGAGUCAGGUGAGUGAGAGGGAGAAAGCAGGGGGCCUGAAACCCCCUCAGUCAGGUGAGUGAGAGGGAGAAAGCAGGGGGCUUGAAACCCCCUGAGUCAGGUGAGUGAGAGGGAGUAAGCAGGGGGCCUGAAACCCCCUGAGUCAGGUGAGUGAGAGGGAGAAAGCAGGGGGCCUGAAUCAGGUGGGUUAGAGGGAGUAAGCAGGGGGCCUGAAACCCCCUGAGUCAGGUGAGUGAGAGGGAGAAAGCAGGGGGCCUGAAUCAGGUGGGUUAGAGGGAGUAAGCAGGGGGCCUGAAACCCCCUGAGUCAGGUGAGUGAGAGGGAGUAAGCAGGGGGCCUGAAACCCCCUGAGUCAGGUGAGUGAGAGGGAGAAAGCAGGGGGCCUGAAUCAGGUGGGUUAGAGGGAGUAAGCAGGGGGCCUGAAACCCCCUGAGUCAGGUGAGUGAGAGGGAGUAAGCAGGGGGCUUGAAACCCCCUGAGUCAGGUGGGUGAGAGGGAGAAAGCAGGGGGCCUGAAACCCCCUGAGUCAGGUGAGUGAGAGGGAGAAAGCAGGGGGCCUGAAACCCCCUGAGUCAGGUGAGUGAGAGGGAGUAAGCAGGGGGCCUGAAACCCCCUGAGUCAGGUGAGUGAGAGGGAGAAAGCAGGGGGCCUGAAUCAGGUGGGUGAGAGGGAGUAAGCAGGGGGCCUGAAACCCCCUGAGUCAGGUGAGUGAGAGGGAGAAAGCAGGGGGCCUGAAACCCCCUCAGUCAGGUGAGUGAGAGGGAGAAAGCAGGGGGCCUGAAACCCCCUGAGUCAGGUGAGUGAGAGGGAGUAAGCAGGGGGCCUGAAACCCCCUGAGUCAGGUGAGUGAGAGGGAGAAAGCAGGGGGCCUGAAUCAGGUGGGUGAGAGGGAGUAAGCAGGGGGCCUGAAACCCCCUGAGUCAGGUGAGUGAGAGGGAGAAAGCAGGGGGCCUGAAACCCCCUCAGUCAGGUGAGUGAGAGGGAGAAAGCAGGGGGCCUGAAACCCCCUGAGUCAGGUGAGUGAGAGGGAGUAAGCAGGGGGCCUGAAACCCCCUGAGUCAGGUGAGUGAGAGGGAGAAAGCAGGGGGCCUGAAUCAGGUGGGUGAGAGGGAGUAAGCAGGGGGCCUGAAACCCCCUGAGUCAGGUGAGUGAGAGGGAGAAAGCAGGGGGCCUGAAACCCCCUCAGUCAGGUGAGUGAGAGGGAGAAAGCAGGGGGCCUGAAACCCCCUGAGUCAGGUGAGUGAGAGGGAGUAAGCAGGGGGCCUGCAACCCCCUGAGUCAGGUGAGUGAGAGGGAGAAAGCAGGGGGCCUGAAUCAGGUGGGUGAGAGGGAGUGAGUGAGAGGGAGAAAGCAAGGGGGCCUGAAACCCCCUCAGUCAGGUGAGUGAGAGGGAGUAAGCAGGGGGCUUGAAACCCCCUGAGUCAGGUGGGUGAGAGGGUGUAAGCCGGGGGUCUGAAACCCCCUGAGUCAGGUGAGUGAGAGGGAGUAAGCAGGGGGCUUGAAACCCCCCUAGUCAGGUGGGUGAGAGGGAGUAAGCAGGGGGCCUGAAACCCCCUGAGUCAGGUGAGUGAGAGGGAGUAAGCAGGGGGCCUGAAACCCCCUGAGUCAGGUGGGUGAGAGGGAGUAAGCAGGGGGCUUGAAACCCCCUGAGUCAAGUGAGUGAGAGGGAGAAAGCAAGGGGGCCUGAAACCCCCUCAGUCAAGUGAGUGAGAGGGAGUAAGCAGGGGGCUUGAAACUCCCUGAGUCAGGUGGGUGAGAGGGUGUAAGCCGGGGGUCUGAAACCCCCUGAGUCAGGUGAGUGAGAGGGAGUAAGCAGGGGGCUUGAAACCCCCCUAGUCAGGUGGGUGAGAGGGAGUAAGCAGGGGGCCUGAAACCCCCUGAGUCAGGUGAGUGAGAGGGAGAAAGCAGGGGGCUUGAAACCCCCCUAGUCAGGUGGGUGAGAGGGAGUAAGCAGGAGGCCUGAAACCCCCUGAGUCAUGUGAGUGAGAGGGAGGAAGCAGGGCCUGAGUCCCCUGGCUCUCCUGCCCAGGCUGCCAGAGGGAGUGCGCGAAAUAUGCGUCCCUCCCGCGCCAGUAGUUCGCCGGAUAUCCAGAACCCUCGGCAGUUUUCGCCACAGGAGCUGUCAUCCAACGAAUCCCUGUUCGCCGGGGUGGCGGGAUGGGAUAUCGACCUGCUUUGCGACAGUCGCCAACCCCCAAUUUCCUGCAGAAUCCCCCCCAAACUUCGUCAGCUCUUCGCCCUCGCAUUCCUGACACCUCUGCUACACAUCGCACACAGGCCAACCAGCCUCGCGGGUUGGCGCCUGUUACUUUUCGUCCCUCGCCUAGCCCUCCGCCUGCACUCGCCCAAGCACCCUGAUUGGGCCACGGUGGAAAAACGACUGCAGCAGUUCCUCGCGGGGGAAUGGCAGCAGCUGUACCUGUCAGCAAUCGAUGCUGUGCAUAACCUCCCCCCUCCUCGCCACGUGCCGGACACCAUCGGCAGGCACAAGCGGGCAGAGGGGCUUGUCCGCCGUGGCAGUCUCCGACGUGCCCUGCUUGCACUAGACUCGACUCCGGUCAGCGAUUCAACCCCCGACGUCCUCGAGGCACCGAAGUCCAAGCACCCCGCUCCGUUGACCGAGUCAAUCGCUUGGCCCACCCUCGACGAGUCCGAGGCGGGCCCCACGGUUUCGCAGGAGGCGUUCAUUCGUCUGCUGAGCCGCUGCGAAAACGGAGUGGGUGCAGGGCCUUCAGGAAUGUGCUUCGAGCACAUUCGCGAAGCCGCCCUCGCCAACAACUCAGUCGCUGCCAAAUUGCAUGAGCUCGCAGUACGCCUGCUCCACGGAGAUUCCACAGCUGAUAUCGCCGCCCUCCUCACCGCUAGUCGACUAAUCGCUUUCCCCAAGCCCGGAGGCGGUACCAGACCUAUAGCCAUAGGCGAGUGCUUGCACCGCCUCGUGGCGAAGGCGGGCCUCCUCACCAUGACGGCGCAGGCACAAACUCAU